AAUUCUUUUUCUGUCGGUAAUCAUGAGAUUCCUAUUAUUUCCGUAGGUUCUUAUGGAACCUUUCAUGACUACGGUUCCUUUGCAAAAUGUUUUUGUAAUCAAUGUAGUGGUCGUCGUGUUCCACUUUACACUUGUAAGAGCGAAAGUUGUAAAAUUAAAUGUCCACCUCAUACUAGGAAAUGUUCUGAAUGUGGAGAUCACAAUUACUUGGCUAGGCGCAGAAUUAAUCGAAAAUAUUACGAUAAUCGGAAAUCCCGUUUAAAUUCUAAGAAUCCUAUUUCUUUCAAAGAGUCUUUAGUAAAUAAAUCAUUUGAUUCCAUCAAUAAUAUGGGUUUGCCAGAAAUUUGGAACAAUGCUUGGUCGGAAUUUCCUGAACAUCAGAAAAAAAUUGAAAUGGAACUUUCAAAGGAUAAAAUUUCGGUAUCAGUCACAAUGAAACUUGAUAAAGGUAAUGAAAUUGUUGAUGGUACGCCAGUAGAUGCUCAAGAAGUUUCCAACCCUGCGAUACUUAUAUUAGGAAAUAUGGGAAAUUGGUUUUUUGGAUUUCAAGGAGACGAUCCAAAUGCAACAUUUAAAACAGGAUUUUCUAUAGUAGAACCCAUUACUAAAGAAUGUCAAGCGGGGUUAAUUCAGAUUAACAAAAAAAUUUAUAAUCUCAUCGACAUAUCAAUAGUAUUUAAUAAGAAGAAUAUAAAUGAUAUUAGGAACGAUGUUGAACUAAAAAAGCUUGCUGAAAUUAUUCUCAUUUGUUCAUAUGGAAUUCAAGCAAUUAUUUUCGUUAUUGAUAUAAAACAAUAUGAGAAUUUUUUAAACACAUUCAAAGUGAUUAAAACAUAUCUUGGUGACAAAGCGGUCGAACACACAAUUAUAGCAUUUACUAAUCUUGGUAAACAACAAACAGAAAAUCCACAAUUCUCUAAAAUUCUCAAUCAAGAAAUGAAAGAUCUUUUGACAUCCAUUGAUAAUCGGUGGUUUAUUUCACCUAACCCAGAAUUAUAUCAAAAAGAUAAUGAAACUGUACAUUACAAUAUGAAAAGGGCCAAGGAAUUGAUAAGUAGAUUUAAAAGUGCAUAUACUAUAGCUACGUUUAAUGAAAUUAGAGAUGCAGAGGAUAGAGAAUUAGAAGUUCUUAACGUGCCAGGUGGUGGCUGUUUCAAGCUUGAUACCAGAGUCAUGCUUAUAAAUAAAAGAGUUGUUCCAAUGUCAUCUCUUCGCAUUGGAGAUCAACUUAGAAAACUUGGAAAUAUUUCAAGGGAGAUAUCCCAAGCUUCAAGUUCUUAUUGGCAAUCGAUUAAUUCGAGCUUACGUUAUUAA